AACCCUAGCGAUGGGAAAGUUACGAAACGGUCCGAAUUCUAUGCCCUGCUCCCGCCGAUGACUGACCUUAUGACCCCGGACCGCAGGACGAGCUUCACGCUUCAUUCGCCUCCUGGGUCUCCUUCCCCGCCCUCCCCUUCUCCUUCCCCUUCAACUCCAUCCACUUUUUUAGCGUUGGAGGUACCCAACUCCGAUUCAUCACCAUCAUACAUCAUGCAAAGACUCAGAGAAUGGUGGAAACCGACCUACGAACCUUUGGAGGAUCAGGAUGAGCGGGAGGAUAUGAGCUUGCCGAGGGCACAGCGUGUCUCUCGAUUUGAGUAUUUUGUCUUCUUGUCCCUGGGGGUAGCUAUGUAGAACCCUUUUCGCCUGGGAGGAAGUCUGGACAAACCUAAAGCUUAUGGACUACAGGUUGUGGAGUUGGAACAUGUUUAUGGCGUGCGCUACAUAUUUCCAGCGCCGGUUCGCUGAGGUGAGAGCUUUCGCGAUUUCUGCGCUGGAUCGUACAGCCAUUUGACAGGAAACGCAGAACGAGUUUCUCCUGAACAACUUCCAGUCGCUCAUCCUGGCGGUAAGCUCAGUAACGAACUUGGGAUCUACGCUGUACCUCUCGUAUCGCCAAAAAUCUGCAAACUACCCCUGGAGAAUAUGUGCCUCGCUGGUGAUCAACUGCGGUGUGUUUACGAUGCUUGCUUUAUCAGCCGUUAUGUUUAGAGUUGGCCCGGAAGCGUACGUCGUGGUUCUGUUGACCUGUGUGUUCUGGGCGAGCUGGAGCUCGGGUUUGAGUCAGAAUGGAAUGUUUGCAUUUGUCAACAAGUUUGACGGAAUAUAUACCCAAGCGGUCAUGACGUUUGUUGUCCCAAGGGCACACCGGCGUGAAACUGAUUGCUGAUCCCAGUUUAAUAUAGUGGCCAAGGAGUUGCCGGUGUUCUUCCUGCAAUAGCUCGUGCGUAGAUUUCAGCUCAAUACCCUACAAUAUACGCUUAAGUGGAUACUAAAAUGCGUCUAGAAAUCAUAUCGGUCUUAGCAGUCCCUCGGUCUCCGGGUACUCAGGGCAGUACGGCAUCGCCCAAGUCCGCAUUCAUAUACUUCCUCACCGCGACAUUCGUUUCAGGCUCUUGCCUACUUCUAUUCCUACUAUUACUUUCCCGUCACCGCAUCUCCCCACACAAAUCCGGUUCUGAAGCUAUUGGCUCGCAGGGCCUUGCUCCGGCAACCCACACCCAAGUAUCUCUGUGGGUUCUUCUGAAGAAACUCAGAUUCCUUUCCUUCGCGGUAUGGCUGUGUUUCCUCGUGACGAUGGUGUUCCCAGUCUACACCCAAGUAAUUCUUUCUGUACGCCCUGAGGAUUCGUCUCCCAGGAUGUUCAAACCGGAUGUAUUCAUUCCUAUCGGGUUCAUGCUCUGGAACUUGGGCGACUUAACCGGACGAGUGAUCUGCGGAUGGCGGAGGUUCACUUGUGACAGGCCGAAGCUUCUCGCAUUGGUCUCCAUAGCUCGAUUGGCAUUCAUCCCUUUGUACAUGAUGUGCAACAUCAAGGGCCAUGGGGCCGUGAUAUCGAGCGAUCUCUUCUACUGGCUUGUCCAAUUCACGUUCGGAAUGUCGAACGGGUGGGUUGGGAGUAAUGUCAUGAUGUCAACACCUGGAUGGGUUGGUGAUGACGAGAAAGAAGCUAGUGGCGGUUUUAUGGGUAUUUUCUUCCUCCUCGCAACGCUUCCGAUAAGCAGCGCCACUAACAAUAGACUAGGAAUGUGCUUGGUGGCUGGCCUUGCGACAGGAAGCCUGACAAGCUUCUUGAUUGCCAAUGUUUGAUGGCCGUUGCUAUUGUUCUCAGAUGCUAGUCCUUAUUUCUGCCACUAUUUUUGUUUUUAAUCUAGGCGUUUGGGGCGGCGAUGGGCUGAUGGUACGGUAUACCGAGGUUGCUUUUGUAUCUUGGGUUGGGGGAGGAUUGCCCCGGGUAUAUGGUGUGAUGCUGGUGGUUAGAGUUUCCGUAGUAGUCAUAGAGAGGCAUAGAGAAGUGCGGCAGUCCCAAGUAUUGACCUUUUUUCUUUCUUCCGAUUGGUGUGCCUGUAUAUGUAAUUUGGGAGGUAUGAUAUCGUAAUAAUAUUGCCUCCUGCGACGCAUUCCGCCGACCCGAGCCGGAGCCGAUUCCGCAGGGCGCUGCACCCAACGAACAUUCUCCCAGGCCAACCUUAUCACGCUCUGGGCAUGCGGAAGUGAAAGUAGCGUUUACCGCAGAAAGGCAAAUAUCCAACGGGUAUUAAGGGGCUGUUUGGCAAAGCGUAGUUGGACUUUCAAACUACAGUUUGGGCUCAAACCAUGGUUGGUAACUUUGGGCUGUUUGGUAAACAUGACUUUACAAAUCACAGUUUGUAAAUUUUCCAAACCAUGGUUGAAGCUUUUAGCAAUGUUA